AUGGGCAGCGUCACACUGCGCUACUUCUGCUAUGGCUGCCUCUUCACCUCUGUGACCUGGUCCGUCCUGCUCUUCCUCUACUUCAGCCUGGGCCAGGAUGGCGGCCGGCCCUCCUUCAGGAAUGUGCCCGUCCAGAGGCCCCAGUCCCACCGCUUCCAGUCCCGCUUCACCAGGAGCCCUGGAGGAGGGCCAGAGCAAGGCAUCAAGGCAAUCCCUGCAGCAGGAGCAAGAGGCAACAAACAGGCCGAUCUCUCUCCGGAGAUGGGUAAGUAAGCCCUUCAAAGCAUGAAACUUGAAAACGGCCCCUAUUGGUCAAAUAUGAUUUCUCUCUCAUCUAUACACAGAACUUAAGAGGGGUGUACGUGAGAAGGAAUGUUAUGAUAGGAGUUUAUAAAGGAGCUGGCUUAGAAGAAUAUCUAAAAAUGUUUGUUAACAAAGCUCAUGUGAACUGCAUCAUAACCAGCUCCUAUGGACUGCAUUGCCUUCAGAGUUUCACAAACAUCUGGAAUGAUGAGCUCUCAAAGCUCCACAAGCGCACUCGUAGUCAUGACAGAUUCUCGAAAGGUUAGGACAUUUUGACAGUCUGUAUUAUUCAUUGGUCCCCAAGGGACGUUUGUAGUGUCAACCAAUGAAACAUUUAACAGGUAGUCAGACUGAUGUGAAAACGAUCGACUCCAAAGUGUAGCCUAGGCUAUUCCACAAUGCCUUUAUGUGUCAAUGCCCAUUUGGAGCUGGACAGUGAGAAACAUAGGAACAAUCAAGCUAACCAUAACUCAUUACGGAUUAUCGUUGAGCAAGUUCGGUUGGCAUUGAGUGAUUAUUAUUUUAUUUUUUAACUGUCCGAAGCAGGUGCGAAGAAACACAUAAAUGGUGCAUUGCAGCAAUAAAAAGGCAUGUUUGAAGUGUCUUUGAAUUGGAGUGAGGCCUUCAGAUGGCUGGUAAGUGAGUUGUUUCCAUGGUUGCACAGAGUUACUAAGCAAAGCAUUACCACACUCAGGAUGAAGGCUGCUUGUGUUACCAUGGCAACAUGGACCAGCCUACCCACCCCAUUAGUGGAUGCAUCAAUAAAAUACUCAUACUGACCAACUGCCACAAGCACCCAUACUAUUCUUAACGAUUGAAGCCAUUUGCAUCCUUUUUCCCCAUCCUAUCUUUUCCUCUUCAGGUAUGAUUUUUAAUGAGCAAGACCAGGAGGUUCGAGACACGGGCUAUCACAAGCACGCUUUCAAUGUACUUAUCAGCAAUCGACUGGGCUACCACCGAGACCUCCCUGACACUAGGGAUGACAAGUGAGUGAGAGAGCGACAGUGUGUGAGUGUGUGUGUAUGGCAUAUAUUUGGGUUUAUUGACUCGAUGAAAGUGAACAGCUGACAGUGACGCAGCACUUUGCAAGCCAUCAUGAAGGGUAAUGGUAGCCAAAGGCUAAAUGGGAAAUCAUGUCAAUCUCUCUCUGCCUGCCCUGUAGCCCCUAUGAAAUCCAAAGACAAGCAAAAGCAUCUGUCUAGAGAUGCACUGAUCCGAGGCUAACAAGUAGACCUGCAGGUUGGAGUAUUCCCACAUGUUGUGUGUUACGAUGAGUUGCUUGUAAAUGCAAACAUGAAUUGGCUUGGUCAGUCUUGACAAUCAUUGGUAGAAUCAGGUGGUUUUAGGAGAGUUUGUAAAUCCUGCUUACUCUGCAGACAUGUUAGGAUAUGGCAGAGAGUGAGUAGUUAAGGCAUACUAUUUUACAGGAGCAAAGGGUAAAGACGUUUCCAAGGGGCAAGGAUUUUACAAGGUUGAGGAAAGCUCUGUAGGUGUGACCGUAAUGAUCAAAAUGUUUCACUACAAGCUGCACAGUGAAACAGCAUGAGUGUUUUAUGCAUUCCAUUACUAAAGAUGGUGAAUACAGACCCUAGUUAUGAUGUUUGUCCCUGUCAAAGACAGGACUCUAGUGCCCAAAAUACAGUUUUAGCAUGGGCAGUGCCAUUGAGAAUUUUCACCAUUUUGAAGCAGUCAACUGGGUGAGACUUCCUAUGGGUUAAGGAAGGAUCACAUAAUUCCAUCCAGGUCACCAGGAGGGAUCAGCCAAUGAAUUAUACUAUUGAGGAAACAUUCCAUAACUGCAGGUGUAAAUCGGCAACCUUGGCUUUAUACCUGUUCAAACAACACACUCUAGAUGGCCGUGUGCACCCUUUCAGUUUGUUUACCAACUCAUAGAAGUAGUAGUAGAAGAAGAAAAUGGAAUACUUCAAAAUGGAGAUGGCCUCAAUGGUGCUGCCCAUGCUCUCACAGACACCAUAAUGGGGCAGAUAGAAUGAUGCAAUGUCUAUGGUCCCUGUUGUGACACCCAGUGGUUUGCUAAUAUGUGCUGAUGGCAUCGCCCACCCCCUCUCUGUCUCUCAGGUGCCGAGACAGGAUCUAUCCUCUGUCCCUCCCCACAGCCAGCGUAGUGAUCUGCUUCUUCAACGAGGCGUUCUCCGCCCUCCUGCGCACCGUGCACAGCGUCCUGGAUCGCACACCGGCCUACCUGCUGCAUGAGAUUAUACUGGUGGAUGACAGCAGUGAACUAGGCAAGCUGCAAAUUUCAGUUUUGUAUCUCUAUUUAGGACGUGAACUCUUGGAUUUGUUCAGGCUCGCCGGAGCGAAGUAGACUAUAACUCCUGAGUGGCGCAGUGGUCUAAGGCACUGCAUCGCAGUGCUAACUGUGCCACUAGAUCCUGGUUCGAAUCCAGGCUCUGUCGCAGCCGGCCGCGACCGGGAGACUCAUGGGCGGCGCACAAUUGGCCCAGCGUCGUCCACGGUAGGGGAGGGAAUGGCCGGCAGGGAUGUAGCUCAGUUGAUAGAGCAUGGCGUUUGCAACGCCAGGGUUGUGGGUUCGAUUCCCACGGGGGGCCAGUAUAAAAAAAAUAUGUAUUCACUAACUGUAAGUCGCUCUGGAUAAGAGCGUCUGCUAAAUGACUAAAAUGUAAAUGUAAAAUGUAAAUAACAAGACCCAGUAAAUGAUUGGAUGCUGUCGUGGAAUGUGUGCGUCUGUCUACAGUGUGCAUGCUUCAUUACCUAGUUGGUGAACAAAUGCAGGCUACUGUAUUGUGUUGACGUUAUUGAAUGCCUGUGUGUAAAUAAAGUCAGACCAGUCCAUCUAAAUCUCCUCAUUAGACCCUUGUCAAAGUGAUCUUGGAUCUCAAUAGGAUCUACCUGUAUAAAUGAAGGAUAAAUAAAGAUCACUCAACGGAGCUCCACCUGAAAGCCCCUGUCCUGUCCCUCCACCACAGCUGACCUGAAGGAAGACCUAGACACCUAUGUCCAGCACAACCUCCAGGGCAAGUUCAAGGUGGUCCGCAACGAGAAGAGAGAAGGACUGAUCCGAGGGAGGAUGAUCGGGGCCUCUCAUGCCACCGGUGAGCCCUUCCGAAACCAUAACUCUUCACUAAUGUAACAUAUGCCCGCUGAGGCAGGGAUGCAGGUAAAAUAUCUAUGUUUACUGUAUGUUGUCCAUCAAGUUCCACACGGAAGUAAUAGUGUUGUAUUAUGAUCAACGGCAGUAUGAUGGGGGACCAUGCUACAGAGGAACCAAACAGUGUGUGUGAACAGUGUGUGCGCGCAAAUGUCAAAUUCCUGUAGAUGUAUACCCUUAGCCCCAAGAACCACUGAUCUAAGAACCAUUGACGAUAUCACGCCUCGGAUACAUCCACACUAGCCACACCUUCUCACUCUCCCCAUUCUUCUCCAUCCUCUCUCCUGAUUGAUGUUUCCACUCUGAAGGGGAGGUGCUGGUGUUCCUGGACAGCCACUGCGAGGUGAAUGAGGCAUGGCUGCAGCCCCUGCUGGCGCCCAUCCAGCGGGACCGCAAAACGGUGGUGUGUCCCGUCAUCGACAUCAUUAGCGCCGAUACCCUGGCCUACAGUCCCUCGCCCAUCGUCCGGGGGGGCUUCAACUGGGGGCUACACUUCAAGUGGGACCCUGUGCCCGCCUCGGAGCUCAACAGCCCUGACGGAGCACUGGGUGCCAUCAGGUAACCUCCUGGUGGGAAACCAACCAGACCUUGUCGGGAAUAAUUGAUUUGCUCAAGGUGUGGAAAAUGCUGAACCCAAGGAUAAGGCGAACGACUUCUAUGUUUAAAGGUUUAAUAGACAGACAUGCAUAUGGAGAGACAGACACAUUCCUCUGAGAGGUUCCAAUCUGCCCCGUUCCAAAGACAAGACACUCAUUAUACACUCAUCCUUAUCUCUGUUCUCUCUCCAGCUGCCUCCGAGUUCCUGGGCCCUGGUCAAAACAUAAGCCAGAGUGAAGUGAACCAUGGAGUAGACGUCGCUAUCACUUUAAAGUGCCUACAGUAUAUUGCUCUGAAUUACAGCCAUCAGCCUUAUCCCCAGCAAUGUCACUUAGGGCAUUAAAUGCUGUAUUUUAUGGUGACCCCUAUCCUCAGAGAGGGGGCAGCCUCUGGUUUAAUAGGCAUCUAGAAUUUAGAACCUAUCAACCUGAGUUCAAACACAUGUCCAAUACUCUCUAAGUUGAGCUGUGGACUGGAAUAGUCCCAAAAGUGCAAACUCCAAGCUAGGUUUGACACAUUAUAGAUGCAGAGGAACCAGUACAGCCAAUUUUUAGGGUGUUUUUUUUACUCUUGAAUGUUGUUUUAGUUGCCUGCCCUAUGCUAUUAUUUUCAACCGUAUAUGGGUUGAAAAUGGCAGGUUUGGACACUGAAACGCCUAAAUUGGGAUGUAGUGGCUGUACAGGAACAUACUAUACAUGACUUCAGAGCUCUGGCUCUGCAAAUUACGAGGACUCUAUGUAUUUUGAAAGAUGAUACGUUGAGUAUUAUAAUAAAUACCGCUUUGAUGUCAUACAUAAGCAAGCCAAACACCUGUGAAUCCAAAUGUGCACUUAACAUUUCCAUAUCAUAAAGGUAAUGUCAUAUACAGUGUCAACGUUUAUGAUCACUAUGUUUGAUGUACAGUUAGUUACAAGAUAACAUUUCGUCAUACCCUGGGUUGUUCUGAACUGAAUGAGCCAAUGUUUAUCUAUUGUGAAGAAAAUUAGCUGUGGCACACACACCUGAAUGCACUUAUGACUCCUUUCAAUGCGCAGAAUUAUGAUCUGUUUCCCUGAAUUGCCUUGUGUAAGCCUAACACUGUAAUAUCGUAUUUUAUAACUUAGCUAGUCAUUUUGGCAAUAGAACAGGCUUUCAAAUAAUGCCCACCUGACCCAGAUUGCGAUUUAUAAUGGACCGUUUUUGGAUUGUGUAAAAAAACAGCAGUAAUUGUGUGAUGUCAGGGAUGCAGGGUUGUGUUCAAAACAACUACAAGUGUGCUUUCUCUAGUUCUUCAACAGCACAGCUAAGAGAGCUCAAAAAAGCACCUUAUAGUUAAACUCUUCUUUUAGUCAUACAAGUGCAUUGAAAUUACUUAAGAACUGAGCACACUUUGGAGAGGUGUGUAGACACAUGGAGACACCAGUUAGUCCUCUCACUCAAACCCUUGUCAUUUCUUUGUCUUAUGUUGCACCUACCCCACAUUUUCCAGGAAUAUUCUUAUCAUGUUACCGCAUGUAUCCAGAGUAUUUUCAGAUUUCGUUAUCAACAAAUGCAGCGAAAUGUACAGUACAUGUAAAAUGGACAUAAAAUCAACAGUGUAAUCAAGUGUUGUCAGGUGAACUGUUGUAUACUCAACUUUGGUCUAAUAAUUUUCCCAUAAUCUCUAAACUGUUCCCAAGCAAUUGCUACCAUUGUUAUGCAUAUGCUUUUCAUAUUUCUUCUCUAAGAGACAUUGACAUUUAUCCCUACCCAUAUAGGCCAAUUCCCUCGAGUGUAAAGGGUUAAUGCUCAAAUCGAUUGGAAUGGCUUCUUUUUUCUUUUCAUUUUUACCCCCAUUUAGAUUUUAGUGGCCUCCCUUCAUGCACCUGUUAUCAAUAAAAGCCAUGUGCUGUAGCGUAGUGUUCCCAUCCCCCUUAUGUAUGGAGUCAUGUGAAAGCUAAUUAGUAGCCUGGUUCUAAUGACUGAAUCGAUCCAUGUUUUGAAGAGCCUGAGUGCUUUCAGUCCAUUACUAUGGUGUAGGCUGGUUUAGCCUUAUGGGCUUCUCGGACACCCCUUUGGAUUCCUCUCUGUUUCUCUCACAUGCUUGCAUUCUGGGCUUAACAUAAGCACAUAAGCCUAAGGCUACGGUCACACAGAGACACAUGUAAACAGAUACGCAUUCAUCAUGGUCUGUCAUCGUCAAAAGUUCAAGUCAAUUAUUUUCGGACGAGUUGCAUACGCACAAAGGCCGACAUUGUGUUAUUUGUUUUGAUGGACAAUCAUCUCUUGUCUUAUCUGUCAAACAGAUUACUCUAUUGAAAAACCAUUGUCUCAAUUAGUAAUUUUCAGACUCAAAAUCUAUAUGGUCGCAGCCUAACUUUUAGCCUGACUAGGAGAUACAGAGGCAUUGUUUUCUCACAUAUUAGUGUUUGCACUGCUAGUGCUACUUUAAAGGAUACUGAAGUAACUAGAGUGCUGACUCACACUCUGCUUUUCUCACUCCCCCUCCCCCAGGUCCCCCACCAUGGCCGGUGGUCUGUUUGCCAUGGACAGGAAGUAUUUUAACGAGCUGGGCCAGUACGACAGCGGCAUGGACAUCUGGGGCGGCGAGAACCUUGAGAUCUCCUUCCGGGUAAAUAAAAGGGCCACACAUGCACACAAUCACUUCUACUCGCUGUAUCAUGCACACACACUACAUUUCUGCUACAUGUUGUUCUUAUGCAAGGUACAGCUGCUCCCAAAGUGACACCCACCCUUUCAAUUGAACAUAUUUUUCCCAUUUUAGGAGGGGUGCCAAAUAAAGUAGGUGAGGAGCAUACAUGCACCUGGUCAAAUGAGCUAUGACAUGUCAACCACUCGCCAUAAGCUCAAGACACUUGAUUUAUUUACCCACAUUUUGGCUAAUUUCGUCUAAGACUUUGCCUCGGCAAACUCAUAAGCUUUUCUUCCCCUAAGAAAAAUACAGAAUUAAAUCAAAUGUUAUAACUGACAGCCAAUGCAAGUGUAUUUCUCCAUAUUACGCUUUGGUCCAUUUGAGUUGGAUUGCAGCAGGCUAGCAACUACAUAUUGACUUGGCUACAUGAAUCUCUCCAACAUAAAAAAUUCCUUUCUCGACUCAGCGUUUUUAGUUACUUUUACCACAUCAGAGUUGGACAUUUCUCUUCCAGUCCUGUUUAAGAUUCUUGGCAAGACUGCAUUCUCAUAUCUUGCCAUGUUACCCUGUUUUGAAAAGAGAGUCCAGUAUAUGACUUCACUAAGGAAACGUUAUGUACAGUGCAUUCGGAAAGUAUUCAGACCCCUUGACUUAUUCCACAUUUUGUUACAUUACAAAUUGAUUCAAUUGUCCCCCCCCCCCCUCAUCAAUCUACACACAAUACCCUAUAAUGAGGUCCUCUGUAGCUCAAUUGGUAGAGCAUGGCGCUUGUAAUGCCAGGGUAGUGGGUUCGAUCCCCGGGACCACCCAUACGUAAAAAUGUAUGCACACAUGACUGUAAGUCGCUUUGGAUAAAAGCGUCUGCUAAAUGGCUUAUUAUUAUUCUUUAUUAUUAAUGACAAAGAAAAACAGGUUUUUAGAAAUGUUUGCAAAUGUAUUACAAAUAAAAAACAGAUACAUUUACAUAAGUAUUCAGACCCUUUACUCAGUACUUUGUUGAAGCACCUUUGGCAGCGAUUACAGCCUUGAGUCUUCUUGGGUAUGACACUACAAGCUUUGCACGCCUGUAUUUGUGGAGUUUCUCCCAUUCUUCUCUGCAGAUCCUCCUCAAGCUCUGUCAGGUUAGAUAGGGAGCGUCGCUGCACAGCUAUUUUCAGGUCUCUCCAGAGAUGUUAGAUCGGGUUCAUGUCCGGGCUCUUGCUGGGCCACUGAAGGACAUUCAGAGACUUGUCCCGAAGCCACUCCUGCAUUGUCUUGGCUGUGUGCUUAGGGUCAUUGUCCUGUUGGAAGGUGAACCUUUGCCCCAGUCUGAGGUCCUGAGCGCUCUGGAGCAGGUUUUCAUCAAGGAUCUCUUUGUACUUUGCUCCGUUCGUCUUUCCCUCGAUCCUGACUAGUCUCCCUGCCGCUGAAAAACAUCCCCACAGCAUGAUGCUGCCACCACCAUGCUUCACCGUAGGGAUGGUGCCAGGUUUCUUCCAGACGUGACGCUUGGCAUUCAGGCCAAAGAGUUCAAUCUUGGUUUCAUCAAACCAGAGAAUCUUGUUUCAGUCCUUUAGGUGCCCUUUGGCAAACUCCAAGCGGGCUGUCAUGUGCCUUUAACUGAGGAGUGGCUUCCAUCUGGCCACUCUACCAUAAAGGCCUGAUUGGUGGAGUGCUGCAGAGAUGGUUGUCCUUCAGGAAGGUUCUCCCAUCUCCACAGAGGAACUCUGGAGCUCUGUCAGUGACCAUCGGGUUCUUGGUCACCUCCCUGACCAAGGCCCUCCUCCCCCGAUUGCUCAGUUUGGCCGGGCGGCCAGCUCUAGGAAGAGUCUUGGUGGUUCCAAACUUCUUCCAUUUAAGAACAAUGGAGGCCACUGUGUUCUUGAGGACCUUCAAUGCUGCAGAAAUUUUUUGGUACCCUUCCCCAGAUCUGUGCCUCGACACAAUCCUCUCUCGGAGCUGUACGGACAAUUCCUUCGACCUCAUGGCUAGGUUUUUGUGUCUCCUGAGUGGCGCAGUGGUCUAAGGCGCCGCAUCGCAGUGCUAACUGUGCCACUAGAGAUCCUGGUUCGAAUCCAGGCUCUGUCGCAGCCAGCCGCGACCGGGAGACUCAUGGGCGGCGCACAAUUGGCCCAGCGUCGUCCAGGGUAGGGGAGGGAAUGGCCGGCAGGGAUGUAGCUCAGUUGAUAGAGCAUGGCGUUUGCAACGCCAGGGUUGUGGGUUCGAUUCCCACGGGGGGCCCGUAUAAAAAAAAUAUAUAUGUAUUCACUAACUGUAAGUCGCUCUGGAUAAGAGCGUCUGCUAAAUGACUAAAAUGUAAAGUAAAUGUUUUUGCUCUGACGUGCACUGUCAACUGUAGGACCUUAUAUAGAUGGGUGUGUGCCUUUCCAAAUCAUGUCCAAUCAAUUGAAUUUACCAUUUUAGAAUAAGGUGGUAAUGUAACAAAAUGUGGAAAAAGUGAAGUGGUCUGAAUACUUUCCGAAUGCACUGUAUGUGAAACAUUGCAAUGGAGCUGAUGUUUGGUCAGAUUUUAUACACUCCCCACAUAUUUAUUUGGACUGCGAAGCUAAAACGUCUAAUUUGGCUCUAUACUCCAGCAUUUUGGAUUUGAUAAAAAAUAAUGAGGCGACAAUACAGAAUGUCACUUUUAUUUGUAUUUUCGUAGAUAUCUGUUCUAUCGUUUAGAAAUGAAAGCACUUUAUGUAUGUAGUCCCCCCAUUUUGAAGGUGUCAUAAGUAUUUGGACAAAUUCACUUAUAGUAUAUUACAGUAGUCAAAGGUUUAGUGUUCUGGUCCCAUAUUCCUAGCACACAAUGACAACAUCAAGUUUGUGAUUCUACAAACUUGUUGGAUGCAUUUUCAGUUUGUUUUGGUUGUUUCGGAUUAUGUUAUGUCCAAUAGAAAUGAAUGGUAAAUAAUUGUCACUUUUAUUGUAAAUAAGAAUAGAAUAUGUUUCUGAACACUUCUACAGUAAUGUAGAUGCUACUGUGAUUACGGAUGAUCAUGAAUGAACCAUGAAUAAUGAUGAGUGAGAAAGUUAGAACAAAGGUCAUACCCCCAAAACAUGCUCACCAAGAACAGGUAAUGCGAAACAUAAAUUAAACAUAAUCUGAAACACAACCAAAACAAACUGCUAAUGCAUCCAACAAGUUUGUGGAGUCGUCUUCAUAGUAGUAUACUUGGCCGUAGAGUCUAUGCGCUCCCGCAUGGUUUAAAUAAAAGGGGUUUGAGGUUUUUGAUAUAGAAGCUCAAAGUCAUGAAUGUGUGUGUGUGGUCUACAGUAGGAAGUUAUUCACAACAUGCAUACAAUAUAGCUUAGAUGAAGUGUGCUAGCGCUCUAACCAAGAAUCCAAAUAUUUUUAGAACUGCUGAAUAUGUGCUCAUACACUGCAUUUGACUUUCUCUCCCUUUCUCUUCUUCAGAUCUGGAUGUGUGGGGGCCAGCUCCUGAUCAUCCCCUGUUCGCGGGUUGGUCAUAUAUUCCGUAAACGGCGGCCCUACGGGUCACCCGGAGGUCAGGACACCAUGGCCCACAACUCCCUGCGCCUGGCCCACGUAUGGAUGGAUGAAUACAAGGUACAGUUGAAGUCGGAAGUUUACAUACACUUUAGCCAAAUACAUUUAAACUCUGUUUUUCACAAUUCCUGACAUUUAAUCCUAGUAAAAAUUCCCUGUCUUAGGUCAGUUAGGAUCACCUCUUUAUUUUAAGAAUGUGAAAUGUCAGAAUAAUAGUAGAGAGAAUGAUUUAUUCCAGCUUUUAUUUCUUUCAUCGCAUUGCCUUUAAAUUGUUUAACUUGGGUCAAAGUUUCAGGUAGCCUUCCACAAGCUUCCCACAAUAAGUGGGCUUUAACUUACUGACUGAUGUCUUGAGAUGUUGCUUCAAUAUAUCCACAUAAUUUUCCUUCCUCAUGAUGCCAUCUGUUUUGUGAAGUGCACCAGUCCCUCCUGCAGCAAAGCAUCCCCACAGCAUGAUGCUGCCACCCCCGUGCUUCACGGUUGGGAUGGUGUUCUUCGGCUUGCAAGCGUCCCCAUUUUUCCUCCAAACAUAACGAUGGGCAUUAUGGCCAAACAGUUAUAUUUUUGUUUCAUCAGACCAGAGGACAUUUCUCCAAAAAGUAAGAUCUUUGUCCCCAUGUGCAGUUGCAAACCGUAGUCUGGUUUUUUUAUGGCGGCUUUGGAGCAGUGUCUUCUUCCUUGCUGAGCGGCCUUUCAGGUUAUGUCCAUUAUAGGACUCGUUUUACUGUGGAUAUAGGUACUUUUGUACCUGUUUCCUCCAGCAUCUUCACAAGGUCCUUUGCUGUAGUUCUGGGAUUGAUUUGCACUUUUCGCACCAAAGUACGUUAAUCUCUAGGAGACAGAACGCGUCUCUUUCCUGAGUGGUAUGAUGGCUGUGUGGUCCCAUGGUGUUUAUAAUUGCGUACUAUUGUUUGUACAGAUGAACGUGGUACCUUCAGGCAUUUGGAAAUUGCUCCCAAGGAUGAACCAGACUUGUGGAGGUCUACAAAUGUUUUUUCUGAGUUCUUGGCUGAUUUCUUUAGAUUUUCCCAUGAUGUCAAGCAAAGAUGCACUGAGUUUGAAGGUAGGCCUUGAAAUACAUCCACAGGUACAUCUCCAAUUGACUCACAUGAUGUCAAUUAGCCUAUCAGAAGCUUCUAAAGCCAUGACAUCAUUUUCUGAAAUGUUCCAAGCUGUUUAAAGGCACAGUCAACCUAGUGUAUGUAAACUUCUGACCCACUGGAAUUGUGAUACAGUGAAAUAAUCUGUGUGUAAACAAUUGUUGGAAAAAUUACUUGUGUCAUGCACAAAGUAGAUGUCCUAACCGACUUGCCAAAACUAUAGUUUGUUAACAAGAAAUUAGUGGAGUGGUUGAAAAACAAGUUUUAAUGACUCCAACCUAAGUGUUUGUAAACUUCCGACUUCAACUGUACAUGUACGGAGUAGUAGUACAUGCUAAGGCUGGGCGUAUUUAAGCAAUAAGGAACGAGGGGGUGUGGUGUGUGUGUGUGUAUAUAUAAAUAAUUAGUCAUUUAGCAGACGCUCUUAUCCAGAGCGACUUACAGGAGCAAUUAGGGUUAAGUGCCUUGCUCAAGGGCACAUCGACAGAUUUUUCACAUAGUUGGCUCAGGGAUUAGAACCAGCGACCUUUCGGUUACUGGCACAACGCUCUUAACCACUAAGCUACCUGCCAAUAUACCACGGCUAUGGGCUGUUCUUAUGCACGAUGCAAUGCGGAGUGCCUGCAUACAGCCCUUAGCCGUGGUAUAUUGGCCAUAUACCACAAACCCCUGAGGUGCCUUAUUGCUAUUAUGAACUGGUUACCAACCAGUAAAAAUAAAUGUUUUGUCAUACCCGUGGUAUCAGCAUUCAGGGCUUGAACCACCCAGUUUAUAAUUUACUAUAUACCGGUAUUGAUGCAAUGGACCCGUUUGGGUGUUUACUUUACCUUGUAUAAUGGUAUUUCAAUGUUUGGUUUGUUUAAUGUGUUAUGCCACUCCGCCGAGUCGUCUCGCUCCCUUUCUCCUUCCACACACACCAAGCCCCGCCCCCUGUCACUCAAGGAGAAUGCUCUACCACGAGUCACAACCACUUCACUUGCCAUUCACUCGCAGUGACUGUCUGCAUGGUCAAUGCUGCAGAUGCAACAAGAUGGUGACAACGAUGCUGCUUUCCACUUUCUGCUUGUUAAUAUAAAUCCACAAGCAUUCUAUAAAAAUCUAAUCGAUGUUUAUUGGUCACGUACACAGUUUUGCAGAUGUUAGCGCAGGUGCAGUGAAAUGCUUAUGUUUCUAGCUCCAACAGUGCAGGAAUAUCUAGCAAUACAAUAGCAUUACACACAAUCCAAAAGUUUAAAAAAUAAACAAGAAAUUAAGAAAUAUCAGAAUGAGCAAUGUCAGAGUCCAGAAUAUAAAUACAUAUAUGUAUGUAAAUGAUGUGUGUGUGUGUGUGUGUGUAUAGACAGUAUAUGAAUAGAAACGGUGUGUACAGCAGUAAUUCUAUAGGAUGAGCCAUGACUAGAAUACAGUAUAUACACAUAUAAAGUGGUAAAACAGUAUGUAAACAUUAUUAAAGUGACCAGUGUUCUAUGACUAUGUACAUAGGGCAGCAGUCUCUAAGGUGCAGGGUAGAGACAAUGUCUAAGGUUCAGGGCAGGUUACUGGGCAGAGGCAAGUUAGUGAUGACUUUAAGAGUCUGAUGGCCUGAAAAUAGAAGCUACACUAUUAGAUAGAAGUACACUAUUAGUUUAUGUAUCUUUCUGUCUGCAAACAGCUAGUUUGUCAUUUCUUAGCAAGUUGUGGCUAAAAUAAAUUGUGUUAGUCGCUAGUUAGCUGGGUAGCUAGCUAAAUGUACUGAGUCAGAGCAAACGUAGCUAGCUAAUACAGCCUGAUAGCAGUGCUGGUGUAGGCCUAGAUCAGCAUGUUUGUGCAACGGUAUAUUCUAAAUCAGAGGAAUAAUUUAAGCAUGAAUAUUUUAGCUACAUCAAGUAAGAGCACUGACCCAAACUUUGGUUCCUACCCUGUUGCAAUAACCUCUCACUGGCGUUUUCAUUCGUUGUCGUGUCAAACAACAAUGUAUUCAAAGUGCCCACUGUAUUCCAAAUCCAAGUUUGAUUGAACAGUAUAAAACAAUUAGAAUGGAGAAAGCCCCAUUUAAAAACACUUAGAAUGUGUUGCCACCCUAGGGCCAUGCACUGCUCAUAAAGAAUAUUUACAAAUUGUAUUAUUCAAAAACCUAAAACACCGUCAAAAAUAUUGUGAUAUGAUAUUUUGGCCAUAUCGCCCAACCCUGGUACACACAAUUGAAAUUCAGUCCUAAAAGUCACCCAUUCCAUGCUGGUGGCCUGUAACAGGUAAUAGCCUAGACUGAAAACCACUGAUCUGAAGAAAUCCCUUUUCACAUCCUAUUUUUUCCCAGAGGCUUCUAUUAUAGCCCCCAAGCCGUCUAUGGCCAUAAGCAAAAUAAACUUCUGAUGGUUUCACCAUUUCUUCUAAUCACUCUCAGCUUCAUGUCUUUAUUAGCACAGUGGUGUUUGUUCCUUUCCAAGCUACAAAGGAGAGCUAUAAUUUGCUUUCCACGGUCUGAAAAUAGACGACCUAAAUUGGAAAGUAAGCUAAUUGCGUUGUGAUCUCCCAUUCACACACCUCAUCGUCUCACAAUGAGUGAGUCUGCAUUUGCUUUCUCAUCAUUUCCCCUCAGUGUGUGGACUGUUAUUGUUUCCAAACUAAGCAGUGUGCACAGAGGCUUUGAAUAUUAUGAGUUAUUACUUAAUCAUUAUUACUUAGCCAUAUUGGUGCCUUAGGGGCACAUAAGGCAUCCACGAGAGAGCGCCACUGAUUCCGGGAAGAUUAUGGACGCUGCCGUGUAGUCUCUUCUGUGCUCUUUCCUCAACUUCCAUUUGUUUCUUUCCACUUUGAAAUGAUAUACAGUACAUUUGAACUAAGAGUGUGAUUCAAAAAUUGCCUUACCCCACUCUGAAUUCUUAGUACAGCAGAGUAGUGUAGCAAUGUUCCAAGCAGUUGAAAUCUUCCAGAGGGUUAAGAUGAGGUUAGGGUUGGCCGGUGGUGGCUUCUCCAUCACCACACUAAUCAGAGACUGGGACAGGCUUUGUUUCUAUGGAAACAGCUGGCCUAAAUCAGGAUAUAUCAAGCAGAUUCUCAAUCAAGGGAAUAAGGUAAACAUCUUGGUUUUAUUAUUGCUUAGCCCAAUUGAAUCUUACCUCUGUAAGACUUGUCUCGCUACAGUAUUAGCUAGUGGUUUGUACGUUUCAGGUUUAUUCAGUUUUCAGAUACAAUGUUUGUUUACAAACUAACUUUAGAGCCUGAUCUGCCCUCUAAACCAUGUGCUUCUACAGACAACAGAGAUGCAGCUAUUUUCAUUGUGGACUGGAAAUUCAUGUUUCAAUAGCAAUCAACUGAGUGUGUCAUCAAUCUCACCUAUUUCCUGUCUUGUCUCGUCCAAUCAGGAGCAGUACUUCAACCUGCGGCCGGAGCUCCGGGAGCGUGCCUACGGUGACAUCAGCGAGCGGCAGGCGGUGCGCCAACGGCUGCAGUGCCGCUCUUUCAAGUGGUACCUGGACACCAUCUACCCCGAGAUGCAGGUGGCCUCACCCCACAAUAAGCCUCAGCAGCCUGUGUUCGUCAACAAAGGCCUCCGCCGGCCCAAAGUGCUGCAGAGAGGCCGGGUAAGAUAGGCCAGCUGGCUAAAAGCCCCGCCCCCUCGUUACUCUAAACCACUCACUCUCUCCACUAACCCACUAAAGUAAAGUUGAACUAUGCUAACCUAGUCCCAGAUCAGUUUGUGCUUUCUAGCCAAUGGUCGCAUCAACCAUUGGCUAUACAGCACAAACAGAUCUGGGACCAGGCUAGAGCUAUGCCACUGUCCACCAUAGAAAUAGUAAUUUCACUUACAUGUUGUACGCUACGUCAUGCCUCAGAAUAACACUGUUCAAACUUCAGCACUGCACUUGCAAUUUAGUGUAACAAAAGGAGGCCAAUUGGUCUUCUUUUAUCGAUACAUCACUCUCUCCGCCCCCUCCCCGGAUUUUGUCUUAAGUAGCUGGCAACCAUGACAACUUUCUGCCAUAACUUUUACAUAGUUACUCUUUCACAUGGUUUGUUUUUCAACAAUAGAGCCAUGUGUUGUCGGCGGUCAACCCCCGCCAUAUUGAGGCAAAAAAAUGAAGCCUGAAAUGAAAAAGAAUGGAAUGUAUGUUCUCUUCGAUUUAAGCUGUAAUUCUGUACAUCUUUCACAUGCAAAUAGCCCUCUAUGGUAGAUCUAUAGUUGUAAAUUUAAAUGAAGUUGCUUGUUUACUGUGAGUGAUGCACCUUCAAUGUGUAUAAACAGCAGCUGCUUCCUGAUGGACAAGUAGUCCUCAGAAGUUGUAAACAAUGUAACAAUAUCCCACGUUCCUGCCUGUGGUUGUUUGGGGUUCAUAUGAUAAGGUAAGAAAGCAUUUCUAAGAUUGUUCAGGUAUUUCUGUGUUACAUUCUUCAAAAACGGAGGGAAAGCAAAAAUAAUCAAUACAACAUUACAUACUGCAACUUUUUACGUUUUUCUUAUUGAAUGAAAUGGAAGAAAUGCCAUAUCCAGUCAGCAGGGGGCAAUGUGGUGUUGCACAAGACAUUAAGGAGCCCCCAGGUUAAACAGACACACCACUUAGAGGCUCAGAACUCAGGAAUAGAAAAGUUAUCCUGCUUCAAAAAGACCAAUAGAAAACGAGAGUUAUGUAUUGCAAGUCAAACAACUGACAGCUCUGCUACAUCAGUCUCCCAGAGAGAACAUUCAUAGGUGAAUUCUCAAAAUGCUUGGUUUCUGAAGAUAUAAAGUUUUGGAAAUAGGCGAACUUAGCAAUGAGGCAGUUGGUGCAAGGCAUUGACAUUAUCAACAUUUGAAAAUGUUCUUGUCUCUUAGAUUCAGGUGGGUAGCUCAGCUGGUAGAGCACGGCGCUUGUAACGCCAGGGUAGUGGGUUCGAUCCCCGGGAACACCCAUACACAAAAAUGUAUGCAUGCAUGACUGUAAGUCGCUUUGGAUAAAAGCGUCUGCUAAAUGGCAUUAUUAUUAUUAAAUCUUAGCAGACGCUCUUAUCCAGAGCGACUUACAGGAGCAAUUAGCUUUUAAGUGCGUUCCUCAAGGGCAAAUCAACAGAUUUUUCAGCUAGUCGGCUCUGGGAUAUGAACCAGUAACCUUCGGUUAUUGGUUCAAAGCUCUUAUACACUAGGUUACCUGCCGCCCUGGUGGGUGCGUGUUGGUAUGUUGUGCAUUUCAGCGGCAUAUUCUGGAAGUAACUUCACUUGGUAUUUAUCAAUGUAUUUUUAUUUGAGUUUAUAGGCAUGUUCCUUGUCAUAUUUUUUGCAGUAGCACUGCGCAGAUGAUCAGAUCUUACAUUGCCAUAACCCUGGUGUUGCAUGCGCCAUGCUCUACCAACUGUGCCACAAUGGACAUUACCUGGAAUACAACUAGUGAGACAUCACCUUUGACCUCUCCCUUCUCCUUUCUCUCUCUCUAGCUGCGGAACCUGCAGGCUGACAAGUGUCUGGUGGCUCAGGGGAGGCCAAGCCAGAAGGGGGGUGCCGUGGUGCUGAGGACCUGUGACACACACAACCUAGAACAGGUAAACUAAUGGCGCGUUCAAAACAACUGGUAACUCUGAAAAAUACUUUUGAAUGGUCAUCCAACUCGGGUCUCUUUCUAGAGCUCUGACAUCAUGAAUUGACCUUGUAUUUUUCAGGGUUCCUAGUUGUCUUGAAUGCACCAUAGCACUUGACUCUGCUUCGCGUCUCCAUCAUAUUGUCUGCUAUGUGACACUGGGAGUCAUGAUUAUGACAACACAAGUCAUUAGUAAUGAUGCCAGCCUAUGACUAAUGACUUUCUACAGUGAUAAUAGAACCCUAACACGAGCCUGGCCUCUUUUUGACACUUCUGUUAGUCAGCGCCGUGGACAAGGGUUAUAAGGGUUCGGGCUAGAACGUGAAAUUAGUUAUAUUUCAUCCUAUCUCUUAAUAUUUCUACUAUAUGCUUUUAUUUCCUUAUUUCAACUGUUGUUUCUGGCCACAAUAAUAAUAUAAUAUAAUAUGCCAUUUAGCAGACGCUUUUAUCCAAAGCGACUUACAGUCAUGCGUGCAUACAUUUUUUUUGUUUUUUUUUUGUGUAUGGGUGGUCCCGGGGAUCGAACCCACUACCUUGGCGUUACAAGCACCGUGCUCUAACAGCUGAGCUACAGAGGACCACAAUUACUUUUGUAAGCUGGAUGUACAUGAACUGUACCAGUACAUCCUCUCACUCCAGGGUCUUUCAUGGUCACAGAGUUUUGUGCACACUUACUGGAAGAGCCAUCUAUCUUUUCUGCAUUCAACUGAAAACGACUGUUCCAUUAGGCUCCUCCACUUUCCUGUGUGUGUAAAAAUGGUGCAGAGUGAGUCACUCCCUGUGUGUGUCGGGUAGAAGUUCAGCAGAGGCUGAAGCUACUGCAGUUCUGCACUGUGACACGCAUUCUCCCCCUCUUGCUCUCUUUCUCUCCCACAUACGGGUCGCUCUCUCGCUUUCUGUAUUCUCUCGUUCCAUUUGAACCCCUCCCCCUCUGCGGCACUGAGUCUUCGGGUAUACGAUGAGGUCAACAACUUCCGCUGUGAACUGUUUGUGAAAUUGUCUGCUGACAAGUUAGGAUUGAAAUGUUGACACAUCCGAAAAUGAAGUGUUCUAUAUUGGGAAGUAGUUUUUUGUUUUUCAUAAAUAUUGGGAGUAUGUAAAGUUAAAAUUCUGCCAUUUCAAUUGAUUUAUUCAAGAAUUAAAUGUAGAUUAAAUUCCCAUAAGGUUAUGGUGUUUCGGUAAUGGAAUAAAGGCAUUAUUCAAUGAAUUGACAUUCUUCACUCGGGUCUAUACCACAUUUGACCAUCUUCCUUAGUGCCUUCAGAAAGUAUUCAUACCCCUUGACUUAUUCCACAUUUUGUUGUGUUACAGCCCUAAUUCAAAAUGAAUUAAACAUUUUAUUUUUCUCUCACCCAUCUACACACAAUAACAAAGUGAAAAUAUGUUUUUAUACAUUUUUGCAAAUGAAAUAUCUAAUUUUACAUAAGUAUUCACACCCCUGAGACAAUACUUUGUAGAAGCACCUUUGGCAACGAUAACAGCUGUGAGUCUUUCUGGGUAAAUCUCUUAAGCGCUUUGAAAACCUGGAUUGUACAAUAUUUGCACAUUAUUCUUUUUUAAAUUCUUCAAGCUCUGUCAAGUUGGUUGUUGAUCAUUGCUAGACAGCCAUUUUCAAGUCUUGCCAUAGGAACAGCUCUUCUUGGUAAGCAACUCCAGUGUAGAUUUAGCCUUGUGUGUUAGGUUAUUGUCCUGCUGAAAGGUGAAUUAAUCUCCCAGUGUCUGGUGGAAAGCAGACUGAACCAGGUUUUCCUCUAGGAUUUUGCCUGUGCUUAGCUCCAUUCAGUUAAUUUUUUUAUCCUGAAAAACUCCCCAGUCCUUAACGAUUACAAGCAUACCCAUAACAUGAUGCAGCCACCACUAUACAGAUAAUUGUAUGUGUGGGGUACAGAGAUGAGGUAGUCAUAAAAAAAAAAAAAUGUUAAACACUAUUAUUGCACACAGUGAGUCCAUGCAACUUAUGUCACUUGUUAAGCAAAUGUGUACUCCUGAACUUAUUUAGGCUUGCCAUAACAAAGAGGUUGAAUACUUAUUGACUCAAGACAUUUCAGCUUUUCAGUUUGUAUUAAUUUGUAAAAAUGUUGAAAAAUAUAAUUCCACUUUGACAUUAUGGGGUAUUGUGUGUAGGCCAGUGACAGAACAUCUACAUUUAAUCCAGUUUAAAUUCAGGCUGUAACGCAACAGAAUGUGGAAAAAGUCAAGGUGGGUAAAUACUUUCUGAAGACACUGGACACUAUAUCAUCCUUUGGCUUUUCUCACCCCCCACUCAUCCACUUUCUCUGUCCCUCCCACUUCACCAUACCCCUCCCACUUCCCCAUACCCAACCUUCCUCUGUCCCUCCCCUCCUUAGGAGUGGGCCUAUGAUGAGGAGCACGAGUUGAUCCUGACUGGCCUGCUGUGUCUGGACAUGUCCGAGAUCCGCUCGUCUGACCCGCCCCGCCUCAUGAAGUGUCACGGCUCAGGGGGCUCCCAGCAGUGGACUCUGGGGGUGAGUUAGCUAGACCCCCUGCCCUCACUCGCUCAACCACAUUGUUGCUCAAUCACAAAUUGGGCCCAUAUCUGUAUAGGCAGAUAGUAAUGACUGCUACCACCACAAGACCAGUACUGAUAUAACUAAUACAGUACAGUAUUACUGUGGCUUUUAUACUGGCUGGUACCAUGGGGCAUCAUGAUGAUGAUUGCUACCGCCAGUUGGCUCUGGGCUACUGCACUAGCCUCCUUUUAUUUGGUACAGUAAUGCUGUGUUGGUAUCAGUAGAAAACGCUUAUAUAAAGUCUCCAAUGGCUCUCCUCUCCCUCCAUGUAACACAUGGCCCCGUCUUCCUCCAACCCUCUCCAGAAGAGCAACCGGCUAUAUCAAGUCUCAGUGGGCCAAUGCCUGGCCGUGGUCGACACAAUCAGCCCCAAGGGAUACGUUGCCAUGGCGAUCUGUGAUGGCUCCCAGUCCCAGCAGUGGCAGUUGGAGGGCUGAUGUUGAUACGCCACGACUAGUAACAUUCCAGACACUGACUGCCCCCCUCUGGAUGGGGGGGAAUACUGCACACUGCUGCUGCGACAAGGAAAGAGAGGGAUGGAACUAAUUAUGCGGACUGUGUUCUUGAAGACUUGGAGAACAAAUGCUGUUUGUGUCUUCAAAACUGGUUCCAGCCUCCCUGAAGUGCACAGAGUAAGUACGGAGCUCUGUGGGUAUGCUGUAUGUACUAUAGUCUCAACCCCAUUCGUCCGACUUCCCCUCUUGAAAAUUAGUAUUCUAUUUUUUCCUUGAGAACAAUCUAUUCCUUGUCCUAUGUUUUAGAGAAUAGUUUUACAAUGUAUCAUGCAAGUGAUUUUUUUCUUUAAUAUCAUGUUUUAAAUGAAUUUUAUCCAAUUUGCACAGCAGUCUUGCAUUAUACAAUAUUACAAUUUCCUCUGAAUUGUCUAAGUCCCAAAAGUGUUUACUAAGAACUUUACUAAGUAUUAGGACCCUGGUUUUAGAGUAACUGUAUUUUAUUCUGUACUUAUUACAAUCUGAUAUUAAAGUGGAAUUGACAGCGUUUUAACUACUUUGCAUAUAUGAAACAGACAAUCAUAUCAGUCAAAAAUAUCAAAUUC